AUGGACGACACUCCCAAACUCGGAUCAGAUAUCGUCUCUUUGGGGACGGAUAUGGUCCUCAUGAAAUCAGAUACCAUCUAUACGGAGUCAGAGGUGCUCCCUGUGAACGCGGAUGCCUUCCCUAUGGAAUCAGACCCUGUCCAUAUGGUGUCAGACGGUCUCCCUAUGGAGUCGGAUGUCAAUCCUAUGGAGUCAAACACCCUUCCUGUGAAGUCAGACCAUCCCCAUAUGGGAUCAUAUACCCCCCAUAUGGAGGCAGACCCUUUCAAUAAGGACCAAGGCAUCUUCCAUAUGGAGUUGGACAAGUCCACCAUCGACCCACAAGCCUCAGAAUACAAGUACGAUGAUGAUCCACUGCUCAAGGCCUUCAAAGUCAUGGAAGUCAUCGGUCGGUAUCGUAGCGUGGUGCCAGCAACGGCAAGAGACCACACAAGCGAUGGAAACAUCAUGUUUCUAUCCAAGAUGUGUAAUCAGAUACGCGACAAACAGCCGAUCCAAAUGAUCUUACCGGCUUUCCCCUUCAAAUCUCCGAACCGGGAGAAUAAGGUCUUGGGAAGCCUUCCUGAUAAAGGCGAAGAGAUUUCUCUCGCGCACCUUAGUGGACUCUGCGCUGCUAUUGGUGACGUCUAUGAAUAUGGAGCUAAGCUCACCAUCGUGUCUGAUGGCCUCGUGUAUAACGAUAUCUUGGGCGUGUCGGACAGAGACGUCUGGGAGUAUAGCCAUGCACUGAGGGAAAUGGUAGUCGAAAACAAGUACGACCAUAUCGAGUUCGCCAGACUGCGCAAUCUUGUUCACAUUCAUGAGGACGUCAGCCUUGAUGGCGAGACAUACGAGAAAUUGGCCCCAGAGUUUCGUCAGGAGCUGAUUAAAAGGUACACACCGGAAGGAUUUGACGCCGCUGUUAAGAUCAAGUCCGAUGAAAACAUCUGUACCACGUACCGAGGAUAUAUCAAGUUCUUGACCAAGGACUUGGAACAUCUUCAUGUAGAUGAUGGUACCAAAUCUCGCAAGUCGCAUAAGAAACAUCUGGGAGAUGUCGCUAAAUCCAUGAUCGAACGAGGCGCGGCCUUCGCCGAAGCUAUAUUAAAGAACUUCCCAGGUUACAUUCGUCUUUCAAUCCACCCCUCAAAUGGAUUAACCAAGAUCUCCAUAAACGUUCUGCCAAGAACUCCAACGCCAGUCACACCAUGGCAUUCAGCACUUUGCUAUACUGUUGACGGCGGCUUCAUGUAUUUAUGGCGCGAGAUUUUCGACGCGGAUCCAGAAAUGGAGUUGGUUCACAAGAACGGACGUCCAUGGUGCUACCGGUUUAAAUCUGAGCUGUAUAACUGGUCUUCGCCGGUGACAGUCGACCCCAUCUAUCCCUGCGGCAUGAUGAUUACUCCUGUCAAUUCAACCUCAAUUAGCGAAAUCGACAAGGAGAAAGUGCAGGCUCUAGCACACGAGAACUCACCUAUCGUCCUCCGCGGUAUCACAAACACUCAUGACCAUGAGCUUAUCGCGCAGAAAGCCGAGAGUAUGGACGCUUCUCACCUUUCGGCAUCCGACUUCGAUAUAGAAGAAGAAGCCGAAGACAGUGAUUCACAGGAGCUAGAAGAGCUUAUCCGGGUAGGUUGGGUGCCCUUCGAUGGACCAAAUGAGGAAAAAGACGCCAACAACACGAAGCAGUCCACAACUUCAUCUCCAUCCAAAUACCAAAUAAUCACCGCCACUGUCCCCAUCUCAGAGAAAACCCGACGCAGUCUCUUCUCGGCAUCAUCUCUGUUCUUCUCUCACCUCCCAGCAAGCUACACCGUCGAAAUGCUCCAGCAGUUCUCCUGGAAAGCAUCGAGCUCGAGCUCAUCCACCAACACCAAGACUAAAACUAACAGUCUGCCCUUAAUCAUACCUCACUUCUCGCAUGGCCGGCCCUGCUUCCGUUACCACCCACUCCUCUCUCAAAGCAACAUCACCUCGGAACCUACCUACGCCAUCAAGGACAUUUCAGACGCUGACUCAAACAGACUAUGCAAUGUUCUGAAUCCUCUUCUCUACGACCGUAGGGUUUGCUAUUGGCAUACCUGGGAACACGGAGACGUUGUCUUUUACGAUACCUUCACUACGACUCUGACUUGGGAGCCGGCUGGAGAAGAACCGGUUCUUUUCUUGUUGCAUUCGGGAUUUCCAUGCUGA